UCGAGCGAUUAUGCUAGAUAUGUGGCAGAUAGAUUUAGCAGUAUACGUCAUGGAGUAAAGUUAUUGUACUACGGAACACCAGAAAUCACUAGAACGGUCACUAGUAACUGGAUUUCAAAAGCGGAACUAUAAGAAACCAACUUGGUACUCUAACUGAAAAAUGAUUGCCGAAAACCAUUUAAGAGAUUUCGGUAUGACUGCAGCAGAGAUAAAUAAAUUAAACAAACUAAAACGGAGACAAUAUUCAACAACUCGUUUUAAUAAACACAAUGGCAAAAGAAAUACAAUUCAAAAUCAAUGUAAUACAAAUAAGGUUUUGAGUAAAACAGUUCGACAACAGAAUGAUGUUAUGAUAGGUCGAAUAGUUAAAACAAAGACAUGUAAUGAACAGAACUUUGGGAAACCUAUUAAAGGUUCUUCAACGUUUAAUAAUUCUUGUCAUGUGAACCACAACAGGCAUGUUCAUUGUUUCGAUUCACCGUUUGAAGCACUUGAGAAGAACAAACAUGUGACAGAUGUCGAUAAUGCGAAUCAAUCUUGUCUUUUAAAACGUUAUGAAAUGAGAAAAAAUGAAUGUUCAUUUAAAAAACUGAAAAGUCUAUGGAAACAGCAAUUUGAUCAAUUCAUUCUACCUGUUCCAACAAGACUCAAUACUGGUACAAAUAGAACUAGAUGUACGAAAACAUCUACUAUCAUCAAUCAGAGAAAGGAAACCCUUGAAACGUCUCCUCAAGUAACACAACCUUCGAACAAUCAAUCUGAAGAGAUCAGUCAACAUUUAAGCUCAUCCAAAUCAUUUAGCUCCUUAUACUCUUCAAAAUAUGAAGUUAGAAGCUAUCAAGAUUAUGGUGAAAACUUCCUAAAAAACUUUGAAGAUAAGUAUACAUUUAGUGAUUCAUCAAAUUUAACCGAAUCAACGAUUUAUCUAUAUUGUUCAACAUGUAGUCAGAUUUUCUCAUGCAGAAACAUUGAUGAAUUAAAACAACUGAAUUUAAUUGAAUCUAGCUCAUCUUUAUCUACUUACAACUUAACCUCUGAGGAUGAAGAUAUUGAUGAUGAGUUUGUUUUCGACGAAUUAUUUCCAUCAUACUGCGAAUAUCUGAACCCAUCAUAUGAAUGGAUUAAAUCUUCACGUCCUGUUUCUGCACCACCAAUAUUGACUUGUUCCUCAAAGAAAUCAGCAUAACAGUUGAAACAAUAAAAUAAUUUUAACCAAUGACUUUCGAUUCCACUUCAGAUUCCUCUAACUUAUGAAAUGUUUCUAUUUUAAAAGCUAGUAGUACUUAACUAGUACUUAAAUCCAUUUUAUUUUUGCUUAAAAUAAUCUAUAAUCCAUUAUGUAAAGGAUAAAUUAGGAGAUUCAACUAAAAAAAGUAAUAUUAUUUUGAGUAGUGUAUAUGCAAAACUGUACGAUUCACAACUCUUUAAACCAUUAUACUAACAAGGAUAAUGAUAGCAGGCGAGACAUUUCAUUCUGUAAGAUAUUAUUUCAAAAAAAUGUCAUUUCAUACAACGUUUGUUUUACAUUAAUGUCAGUCAAUUAUCAUAUGAGUUUAGAUGACUUUAAUGAUUACAGACAGCAUGUGAUUAUUUCAAGAUGGGUUUUGUGAUAACAUUCAAAUAGGCUGAACAAAAGUGUACACAGUUUAGCUGUCUUUUUUUAACCAGAAUAUUUCAAGCAAAAUUAUGUCUGACAAAAACUACCGUUGAUAAUAUAUGUAAAACGAAAAAAGCAGGAUAUUCGUGUUAUUAUUAAUCAAAAGACAUUUACAAAUUAACAUACAAAAAUUAUAUCGAAACAACUGAUUACUAUCAUUUACCAGUGAUUAAAUUAAUGAAACUUUGAUUGCAUCUUAUUAAUAACAUUUAAUGAUUAUGAGGAACUCUUGUUGAUGGAACUGUCAUCCAGUCUAGCAUGUGAAUAGAUAUAGGAAUAAUAUGACAUUUACUGUGAUAAGUGUAUAGAAAAUUCAGGAGUAAAGCUAUUACUACCGUCUGUACAGAACACAUAUAGUAAUACUCUGAGUUGUUAUUUCUAUAUAACUAUUAUAUAUAUAUAUAUAUAUAUA